AUGAACUCAGAACCUGGUAAAGAGAAGAAGAAAUACUACAUCUACUCCAGCAAAGCAGGAAAACAAGGCGAUCUCACCCCCGACCGAAAUUCCAACACAGACAACUUCCUCUCCUUUCUCCAGUCCAAAUGCCUCAUUCUCGAAGACGGCCCCAGCCCCUCAGCCCAGUUGGAUAGCUCCGAUAAAUGGGCCAAGUGGCUUCAAAACCUCGAUACAAAUGGCCAGUUCUCCGUCACCGUCCAAGGGCCGCCGGAGAAGAAGAUAAUCGAAAGUUUUGCAUUUGAGUUCAAUGUGCCGCUUCUUGGAUCGUCGCCUGUCGUCUUCAGCUCGUCCACCGAUGUGCUUACCUCGUCAUUUGGGCGACACAGUAUCCCACAGCCUGGAAUCGAACCGAAGGGGGAGUUGCUCUACACAGGGCUGGAUCUGACGGCAACGUCGAACCUGAAGACGACCGUGAGGGAUGUCCUCGACUUUGUGGGAGACGCAGUGGGCGUCCACUUCCUGCCGGCUCCUCUCAAAUCGCUCGCUCUGACACUGGAUACUGCAACGGGCACCGGAAAGCGCAAUGCCCUGUGGUUCAGCCCGAAAUUUUAUAACCAGACGACCAUGAGAUUGCAUUUCCAAAUAGAUGCUUUCGAAACGUUCAAAGAACCCUUCGAGUUACACCUCGGCCUGUUUAUUGACGAGGCAAGUGUUAUCUGCAAAAAGAUCCUCAUCCGCACGACAACAGUUGAAGGUCCUGCAGCAGUCGACCAAGGAGGGAUAGCAUUUACGUUUUCGUGCAAGCUAAAGGUAAAGGACCACGAUGAGUUGGCCCUGCAGACCAGUGCGGACUUUCGAUAUAACUCGGUGUCUUUCACCUUCCGCCCGGUAGCUCAGGGAAACAUUCUGAAGACGAUUCUCCUGUGGCUCGCCCAGUUGGCAAAGAUUGAUCUGGAUGAUGUGGACAGCGUACUCGGGAAAGACGAUCUGUUUGAGAGUGUGCACCUACGCGAGGUGACUGUGACUCUGGGAGUUGAUGAGCAUGGAAAGCCAACUGGCAUCAACAGCUUUUCAACCUCGAUUCAGGUGUCGACCAAAAUGGGCACCGGAGAACAGAAGAAGACGCCUCUUUUCCUCCUAAGAUACCGCUGGGAAAAGGCCGUUGGGAAGAUGGGCGAGCUGGAAGGAAGCUUCUGGAGCGGGUCUGACCUAACCGCCUUGCCUACCGUGAGUCCCUCGUACGAAUGGUGGAAAGAACUUCAACCAACUCAGGUUAUGCACCCAGCCGAGUCUAUUAGUCUCGCGUCCAUCAUCCCCGGUACUUCCAUCGACAAUAUCCCCGAGUUUAUUCCUACGCAACUCACCGCGGCUUCGCUGUCCCUAUCCGAUACCAGGUUCGGAAUCUACGCCAUCAUCGCCACCGAAAAGCCAAAAGACAGCAAUCCUCCUCAUCCCCAUUUGGGCAUGGUACAGCUCAGAGCCUCAUACUCGUGGGGUAAGAAUGACCGCGGCUUCUCGGUCGAAUUGGACAUCAUGUCCAACCUCAUUCCAGCAUCCACAAAGCCAAACCCAACCAUGUUGGCGGGGAGGCUGGCAUAUGAUUCUUCCAAGAAGCACUGGUUGUUAGAGGCGUCUCUGGAGGGUCUCUAUGCCAGCUCUCUAUAUGAGUUCUUCGACCAGGGCUCGUCAGAUCAUGUCAUGCCGCUGAUUGACUCGAUGCAAAUCUGCGAUCUCACCGUCAGAUACGAGUACGAGGGAGGCUCUGGCAAGGGCAAAUCAUCGGGUAGCAAGUUUGACAUCAACGGGGCUCUUUUGAUUGCCGACUUAGAGUUGGAUCUCGAAUUCAGCUACGCGAGGGACUGGAUGUUCAAGGCCAGUCUGAAGCCUCAGAAUUCCAAUGCCAAUAUCAAGGAAGUCAUCGAGGGGAUCAUUGGACACGAUCAAGUUGAUCUUCCUGAGUUUGUUGCCAAUACCCAGUUUUCAAAGGGGAAUACCUUUGAAAUUGAAAUCAAGAAAGAGAAGCCAAGCAAGACGGGAGGUGCAGUUACAGGUGGAAGCAAUGUGUCUAAAGGAUCUUUCCAGUUCAUCGCCCGGAUCGAAAUCGGACAUAUUAAACUCAUCUUCGCUCAAUAUCACGGUGGUGACUGGCCUGCAAAGACGCCGUCCAAGCGACUGUUCAAGGUUGCAUUGCAAGGGUUGCAGAUUCCUGAAAUUAAGCUGAUUGGGAAGAUGGAACAGCCAUUCGAUGAGAUGGCAUUUAUCUGGGUUCAGGAUCCAUAUACGACAAAGGGGCUCAAGGGUUUAACAAGAAAAGAAGUCGAAAGCUUCAACGCUUCUCUCGCCGAUGAUCCGUUGAUAUUCAAGGAUAAAUUCAAAGACAAGAAAGAGGGAGAUGUGCUCAUUACAGCUGGGUCGCACUUCUCGAUUAACAUGAAGGAUGCAAGUGGGAAGAAGAGCAGUCUGUUGAUGUAUGACUUCAAGGCAGGCUCGAAGAAGAAACAACCAUCUCAGCCGGGAGCUUGGGCAACCACAGCAGGCAACGAAGGAAACGAGGGUGAAGGCGAAGAGGGAACAACAGCCCAAGCACCACUCAAGAAGAAGACCGGCCCUCUCUCGCUAAAGAACAUUGGGCUGAAAUACGCCAACGGACAGCUUCAUAUCAUCUUCGACGCCACCUUUGACCUCGGUCCACUGGAGUUCUCCUUGCUGGGCUUCAGCAUCGGGCUGGAAAUAUUCAAGUUCACCGAACCACCCAAGGUCCAUCCGCCCACCAUCGAAGGACUAUCUAUUGCCUUUGAGAAACGUCCGUUGACUAUCGCCGGUAUCAUCCGCCACGGCAACACCGGCGAGCUAGAAUACUUUGCUGGUGGUCUUAUCGUUGGAUUUGUCCCAUGGGAAUUCAUCGCAGCAGGGUUCUACGGCGAUGCCAAGCUGGCAGAUGGCACCACAUUCAAGUCCAUGUUCCUGUUCGCGAAGCUCAACGGUCCGCUAUUUGAGAUUGGAUUUGCUGAAAUUUCCGGCGUCACUGGGGGCUUUGGAUACAACUCCGAAGUGCGAACUCCUGCCCCAGAUCAGGUCGUGAACUUUCCGUUCGUCGCCACAAAGCAGCUCGGGGACAAAACAGGCAGUCCGCUGGAAACGCUGGAGGCAUUGACGAGCCAGGGUGAAGAUGGAUGGUUCCAUGUCAAGGACAAGACAUACUGGGCUGCUGCUGGCCUGAAGGUGAGCGCGUUCCAGAUGCUCUCCGUCGAUGCAGUCGUGAUUGUGCAAUUCGGGCAGGCCAUUAAGCUGGGCGUCUUUGCCGUUGCCAUUGCAGAUAUUCCUUCUACAAAGUCACCGAUGAAAUUCGCCCACGUCGAGCUCGGUUUGGCCGUCGUGGUCGACUUUGACUAUGGCACCAUGAAGAUAGAGGGCCAGCUCUCGCCCAACUCAUUCAUUUUGCAUCCGGAUUGCCAUCUCACCGGUGGCUUUGGGCUGUACUACUGGUUCGACGGUCCUCAUGCGGAUAAGAGUGUUGUUGGUGAGUUUGUCUUCACUCUCGGUGGCUAUCACCAGUCCUUUGCCAUUCCAGAUGGAUAUCCCCGUCCACCCCGUCUUGGGAUCAGCUGGAGUCUGAGUAAAGCACUCAGCAUCACCGGUGAAGCCUACUUUGCCAUCACGCCCAAAGCCUGCAUGGGAGGUGGUCGGCUGCACGCGUCCUUCUCCGCUGGACCGAUUGAAGCCUGGUUUGAUGCAAUGGCGGACUUUCUGAUCAACUACCGGCCAUUCACAUUCACUGCCACCAUCUCCAUCAGUGUCGGCGUGAAAUACAGUAUCGAUGCCUUAUUCGUGCACACAAGCGUCUCCGCUGAGCUUGGUGCAUCCUUGACUCUCUGGGGUCCCCCUGUUGCCGGAAAAGUCCAUGUCGACUUCUGGGUCAGUUCGUUCGAUAUCGAAUUUGGUGCUGGUCCACUCGAGCCCAAGGCAAUUAGUCUUGAGGAGUUCUAUGAGCUUGUUCUGCAAGCCGGUGACAAGCCACAGAAUCUAGCUAGUCUGCCGGCCCCAUCUGCAUCAAGUGAGAAUAUCUUGACCAGACCCACGAAUGAGGGGCAUAUCUUCUUAGCUCUGUCGGGUCUCGUGAACGAUGGAGAGAAGACGGAGAGCAAGCCCAAUGAAAAAUGGACUGUGCGUGCUGGUACAUUCUCCUUCAGCGUGAACUGCAAGAUGGCUGUGAAGACCGCAUCGCAGGGGGUGAAUAGCAUUACCCACGCACGGGAUAUCUACUCCAAGCCGAUGCAAUUGGAAGGCCCCAUGUUGUCCACUCUCAGCAUUACCAUUGUCCAGGGAGAAGAUCCGGAAGUGUCGUGGCGGAUGGAGAAGCAGACCAAAUUGGUCCCAACCGCUUUGUGGGAUAAAUACAGCGAAGCCACGGACCCAUCCAGUGGGAAUAACCACAUCCCCUCGCUCCUCGACACCAAAGACAGUACUGUCCGCUUAAUGAUGGGCGUAGUCUUCAACGUCCCUGAACCAACUCUCUCACCGGACAAACUCCCCAUCGCCGAAACAGCAGACAAGAACAUCGUCGAGCUGAAAUCAGCCCUCGAUUUCCCUGUCGUAGAACCGGCGGCUAUUGAGUGGGAGCCUUCGCCCUCAUCGGGUAAAGAGCAGUGGAAUGAUGUGCGCAAGGCGUGGAAGAAUCCAUCUCUUGGUAAGGGCGACCAAGGACAGACUGGAUUUGUUUCUGGAUUUGCUAAAGCGCUUGGCUGGGAUAAUUCCGAGUCCAAGUUGUCGAAACUGGCUGGGCUGCCGAAGCAGAUGGAUAAGAGGUUUAAUGAUUUGUUUGUUGCUGCGCCGUUGAUUUCGAAGGGGUAG